AGUUUUUCUUUGCUUAUUUUUGCUGCAGCUUCCUCAAUCUAGCUACAGGCUAUAGAUCUGGUACCAAUCUUGUGCUUCUUUUGCUCUGCCUUUACACACUUCUCACCAUGUUCUUCGCUUAUUCUCAGCUUCCUUAGUUUACGGAAUUUUCUUCAUGGCGGAAAUUGCAACACUAAUUCUUGAAAUCAUAAAGUGUGUAGCACCUCCAACACAAAAUUGUGUAGAUAAUCACAGAAACUUCAAAGAAAAUGCCGAAGAUCUGAGAAACAAAUUGAGAAUUCUUGAUGGUAGAAAAGAAGAUGUAGAAACAAGGCUACAAGAUGAGGUUUGCUCAGAAAAACAGGCCAAAAAUGAAGUGGUGGUAUGGCUUCAAGAUGUAGAGAAGAUCAAUGUUGAAAUUCAAGAUGUUUUAAAAAGGGUGCACAGUGCUUCAUACUUCUCGCGAGCUCGCCUUGGAAAACUUGCUCGUGAAAAAAUUAAUGCCGUGGAUGCAAUUCUUCAGCGAGGUAGUUUUCCUGAAGGACUAGUAGUUAAUAAGCCUGCAACUACUUUGCCUUUACCAGUAGAGAAUCUAGAAGGCGAGGAUUCUGUGAAGGAAAAGAUAUGGGGAUACUUGACAGGGAAUCAGUUCCAAAUGGUUGGAGUUUGUGGAAUCGGGGGUGUUGGGAAGACCACCAUUAUGAAGCAUAUCCAUAAUGAAUUAUUAAAGGGGUCAAGAUUUGAUAAAGUGAUUUGGGCCACUGUCUCAUAUCCACUCAAUGUUGUGAGAUUACAGCAUGAAAUUGCAAAGGCAAUGAAUGAAAAACUGCCAGAGGAUGAUCAUGAUGAGCAAAGACAGGCUUCAAGAUUGAUGCAUCUUAUGGGAAAAGGGAAAUAUGUGUUGAUUUUAGAUGAUGUGUGGGAAAGGUUCACUCUGGAGUGUGUUGGAAUUCCGCCACCAACAUUGCAAAAUGAGUGCAAGCUAGUUAUUACCAGCAGAGAGGUGGAUGUCUGCAAUUUCUUGGGUUGUAAAGUCGUUAAAGUGCAACCUCUUUCCAAGCAAGAGUCUUUGAAUUUGUUCUUAGAUAAGGUGGGCAGGGAAAUUCUACAAAUUCCAGAAUUGGAAGCAAUUUUGAAUCUUAUGGUGGACGAGUGUGCUGGACUUCCCUUGGCGAUUGUUGUAAUAGCUAGGAGCAUGAAAGGAGUAACUGAUGUUCAGCAGUGGAGGCAUGCUUUAAAUGAAUUACGUGAACGCCUUAGAGAUAUAGCCAAGGGUUCAGGAGAUGAGAUAUUUGAGCGGUUGAAGUUUAGCUAUGAUCGUUUGCAAGAUUCAAAUAUCCAAAAUUGUUUCUUAUCUUACUCAUUAUAUCCUGAAGACUAUACAACUACAAAAAAAGAUCUGGUUGAACAAUGGAUUGAUGAGGGACUUAUUGAAGAAUUAAGGAGCAGACAAGCAAUGCUUGAUAAGGGACAAACCAUAUUAAAUGGGCUUAAAAACAGUUGUCUGUUAGAGGAAGCUUAUUCUAACGACAGUAUUAAAAUGCAUGAUGUUGUGAGAGAUAUGGCAUUACGCAUCAAGAGCAUCGGUCCUCAAUUUAUGGUGAAAGCUCGUAUGGGCCUAACAGAGAUACCAGAUGAGCAUGAAUGGGCUGAAAAUCUUGAAAAGGUUUCCUUGAUGCAGAAUGAAAUUUCAGAUAUUCCCCCAAACACGUGCCCAAAUUGUCCCAUUCUCACAACCUUGAUGCUGCAAGGGAAUAGCAAAUUGACCAAAAUUCCAGAUUGCUUUUUUAAAAACAUGCAAGGGCUCAAGUGUCUAAAUCUUUCUGGAAUUAGCAUUGAAAGUCUACCUCAUUCCAUCUGCAAUUUGGAGAAUCUUACUACAUUGCUCCUGCGUGGUUGUCGGCAAUUAAAACAUGUGCCUUGCUUAGCAAAGCUUAAGGCAUUGAAGAAGUUGGAUAUGUUUGAGGCGGGAAUUGAUGUGGUCCCUGAAGGCAUUGAUAUGCUUGUAAAUCUCCAAUAUCUUGAUUUAUGGUGUCCAGAAUUGGUGGAGCUAUCGACACAAAUACUCGGUAACCUCUCUCACCUCCAGCACUUGACAGUAUAUUGCAGAUCGACCACUUUAAAGAUAAAAGGAGAAGAAGUAAGAGGAUUGAAGAAGUUGGAGACUUUUCAAGCUCAAUUGUAUGACUUGCAAGAUUUGAACAAUUAUGUUAAGUCUAAUCAUUUUAAAAGAUUGAGUAAUUACCAGCUUGUGCUUGGACAAGUGGAGGGCAACUUUGAUCUUUCCAUUCAUUUGUCUAAAGUAAUAAGUUUAGGAGAAUGUGAGAUAGGUGGAGAAGAUAGUGUGGUGCUUCCAGAUGACGUGGAGGAUCUAUGGAUUCAUCGGUGUAGAAAAUUUAGAAGCUUAAGUGAUAUUUAUUCUCCCCAAAAAACAACUGAGUUGAGAAACUGUUCUGUUACUGAGUGUGAAGAGAUAGAGUGUGUGGUUGACAUGGUUACGUCAUCAUCAUCUUUCAUUAAUAACCUUGAAUGGCUAUGGCUUGAUAACUUGCCCAACUUGAGUGUUGUUGUGAACGUGGAAGGAGUAGAAGCAACAUCGCCUCACAUCUUUUCCAAUCUUAAAUUCUUUGAGAUGUGGGAAUGUUCUACAAUGAAGAGGUUGUUUUCAUUUGAGCUGCUGCAAGGCCUCCAAAACUUGGAGCAGAUUAGAGUUUGGAAUUGUCAACAAAUGGAGGAAAUAAUAGGGUGGGAAGGAGAAGAGGAAAAUCACACAGCUGAUGCAACUACUACUACUACAUUCACUCUUCCAAAAUUAACAGAGUUGACUUUGCAUAAUUUACCAGAAUUGAAGAGAAUCUGCCCCACAAGAGGAGUAAUAGUUUGUGAUUCUCUCGGAUGGUUAGCAAUAAAGGAAUGUCCAAAGUUAAGGAGGAUUCCCCUGGUAGGGAAUGUACGGCCAUCUCCUCCUGCUGCUCUAGAGGAAAUCCAGAUAAAGCCAAAAGAAUUAUGGGAAUCACUGGAGUGGGACGAUCCCAAUGCCAAAAAUGUCCUUCAACCCUCUCUGCAUUUUCCUACUUAUUGAGGACUGCAAAUGGAAAGUUUUGCAUCAAAUCAAAUGGCUGAGAUCCA